AUGACCCCUCCAUGUCUUGCGGCUUGGAAUGUGAGAGGUUUUAACAGGCCCGAGAAGGUUAGGGCUUGUAAGGAUUUAGUUCGUUGUCACAAACUUGAUCUCAUUUGUGUUUUGGAGAACAUGAUACAUAAUAAAUCCUUGAUGGAUCCUUGGUUCCGUAUGAAUCAUGAAAUUUUUGUGAAUGAAGAAAGUUGCCAUAACUUUAACCUUUCCAAAUCGGGUAGGAUUUGGAUUAAAUGGAAUCCCAUGCACAUUCAUUUCAUUCCCACCAUUUGCACGUCACAGUUAAUUUCAGGAAAUCUGUAUAGUGGCACUGAGCUGAUCUGCGUUCUUUCUGUCAUUUACGCUUCUAAUGACCAAGCUGACAGGCUUCAGUUGUGGGAUAAAAUCAGGGAGCUGGGUGUGAGUAUUUCCUCUCCUUGGCUGAUUCUGGGGGAUUUCAACUGCUGCUUAAAUGCUAGUGAAAAGUCUGGUGGGACUCCUCUUCUUGCUUCACAACUUUGGGACUUUAAUUCCCUUCUUUUUGAUGUGUGCUUAUUUGACUUAGCCUCUAUUGGCUUGAAGUUCUCCUGGUUCAAUCAAAGGGCCAAUGAUCCUAUUCACCUGAAAUUGGAUAGGAUGCUUAUUAAUGACAAAUGGCUGGAAUCCUUCCCUACUUCUAGAUACAAAACAAAGCAAGAUGAAUUUUGGCAUGUUCUUCUGGACAUUUUUUCUCAACCCAUUAGAGGUAACCCUAUUUUAGGGCUAUAUAGCAAGCUUAAAAAUCUGAAGUUGAGGCUUAAAGGUUAUGAUUGGACAAACUCUUCUCUUUUGUCCAAUCAAUUCAUUUCUCUAAAGGAGCAACAGUCUUGCUGUUUGGGUUUACUUAAUAAUGACCCUCAGAACCUAUCUUUGAACCAAAGAUUGAAGGGAAUUAAUGCUCAAAUUGCUGACUGCUCUUCUUCUUGGACUAAUUGGAUGCUACAAAGGGCAAAAAUAAAAUGGCUUUCACAAGGGGAAGAUGAUUUGAAAUUUCUUUAUGCUAGAGUAAGGAGAAGGAGGAAUAUCUGCUCUUCCAAAUUGGUGGCUUCUGAUGACCCUAAUGUUAGGAUUAAUAUGGUUAGCUCUAUCAUUGAACACUUUGAGAAGUUAUUCAAUGCUCCUAAUCCUCCCGCUUGCUGUGAUCCUCUGCCUAUUCCGGAAGGUAACAUCAUUCCUCCUCAUCUUGCCUCUUUACUCACUGCUCCUAUUUCUGAUGAUGACAUAAAGGCCGUUAUUUUCCAUGGGAGCUCCAACUCCUCUCCUGGGCCUGAUGGGUUCAAUUUUGAGUUUUAUAAAUCGUCUUGGCUUUUUACGGGCCCUUUGAUUUGCAAAGCGGUUAAAUCUUUUUUCUCCAAAGGUUACCUUCCCAAAUUUAUUAAAGCCUCGGCUAUUGCUCUUAUCCCAAAAACUGCACAUGCUUCUAACAUUACAGAUUUCAGACCUAUUGCCCUAUGUAAUGUUUUUUACAAGAUCAUCACAAAAAUUAUGGCGCUAAGGAUGAAAGAUUUCAUGCCUUUAAUCAUUGGGGAAAAUCAAGGUGGCUUUAUAAAGAAUCGUAUUGGUACUGAUAAUGCUCUUCUCGCCUCUGAGAUUCUUUUGGAUUUCAAAAAAGCUGCCAAUCGGAAAUUUAUGUGUGUCAAGCUUGAUAUCCGUAAAGCUUUCGACUCUGUCUCUCGUGACUUCAUUCUUUUCAGAAUGAAACAAAAAGGUUUUCCUUCUACUUUCAUUAAUUGGACCAAAGCCUGUAUUUAUGACGUUCCUUUUUCUAUUUGUAUUGAUGGUGCUCUUGAAGGCUAUUUCCAUUCCACCUCGGGUAUUAGGCAAGGGUGCCCGCUUAGCCCCUAUUUAUUCUGUAUUGCUAUGGACGCUUUCACUUGUAUGAUUGAUAAUCAUUCUGCGGUGGACAGAUUUAUGGGGAUCCAUAAGAAGGAUUUGGUUAUCUCUCAUUUGCUUUAUGCAGAUGAUCUUCUUAUUUUUGGGGAGGCAACGGUACAGAAUUGUAAAGUGCUUGUGGACAUACUGGAUGGUUUUGCUCAGUUGUCUGGGCUAAAGGUCAAUCAUGAGAAAAGCAAUCUUAUCAUCUCCAAAUCUAUUUCUAAUCCUCUGCUUAUUGCUGAAGCUCUCAACAUCUCUUCUUUUGGGGAUAAAAUGACUUAUCUUGGGAUCCCAAUAUCUGUUAAAAAAUUGAGUAAAGCUGACUACCAGCUUUUGCUGAACACCAUCUCUAAGCACCUUGCGGGUUGGAAAGCCCGUCUGCUGUCUUUUGCUGGGAGGCUGCAGUUCGUUAAAUACACGAUUUGCAAUACGAUUAUCUACUGGGUUAGGGGAACUAUGCUGUCUAAAUCUUGCAUUAGGAAUCUUAAUAGGAUGUGCUCUAGAUUUCUAUAUUUUGGAGAUGUGGAGGCUCGGAAGGUUUUUUUGAUUGCUUGGAAUAACACCUGUAAGCCAAAGCAUUUGGGCGGGUUGGGUAUUCCGAACCUGCUUGGUCUUCAAUUUGCUAAUACUUGCUCACUGGUUCUGAGAUUCUACAAUUCUAACUCCAUGCUUUUUAAAUUUUUAAAUGUCAAAUAUGGUACACCUUGGACCCCGAUUUUAGGCAAGGCCUCAUCCCUUUGGUGCGAUAUGAAUAGGAUUGCCAUACAGAUUAAUCCCAUUAUUAGCUUUGAGCUUUAUUCCAACAUCAUUGUCUCUCUACUCUGGGAUCCUUGGUUUCACGGGAAAUCCAUAAUGGUGGAAUGUGCAAAUCAAAACUUAAAUACUGUUAUCCCUUGUCAUGCCACGGUUUCUGAUUUUACGGGGCAUGUUGGCUGGUUGUUACCUUCUCUUAUUUCUGAGUUUUUAGCUGAUUCUAUUCAGCAAUCUGAUAGCAGCCAAGGGGUUUGGAGAGAAAGGAAUGAAAGAAGGUUUAAUUUCAAAACUAGAUGCUCAACUACUCUUUCAAUGCUUAUCAAAAAUGCUGUUGAUGCUAAGAUUAUCAAAUGGAAAGCUACGGUUAAUCUUCAAAACUCGUCAUCUGUUCUCGGACAUAGCUAUUCUGAUUCUGGUUCUAUUUCGCUGGGCAUUGUUCUUAAUCUCUUGGACGAUGAUGUAGCUGCUAAUCAUCUCCUUGGAGGGCCUUUCUUUUUGGGCAACCAGGAGAUUAUUUCUUUGUGGGUGCCAAGGGCAGAGAUCGCACGAGUAGCUCUUCAGUUCCUUCGUUACUGUCAGAUGUUGCUUUACAGGAGGGCAGAGAUCGCACGAGUCACCUUUAUUGCUGUUCGACUUCAUUGCUUAAUAGAGGAAGGACAUCAUAUACCAACACCUUUUACUAAUUCAGAUGAAGAAUUAUAUUUUCUUAAUGAGGAAAAUGAUCAUAAGGUCAAGAAGUUUCCUAAAGAAAAAUAUCCAAAACUGAAAAGUAGCUUAGAUUUCAAGGAAGUUGAAGACAUGGAAAUUUCAAAGAACUCUCAAGUUGAAGCUAGUUCAUCUUCAGAGGUGACACAAAUCAAGCUGAGAAGCGGAAAACAAGUUUAUCUACCUCAAAAGAAAAUAAAGGAUAAUGAGAAUGUCAGUGCAAAUAUGGAUUACAAUCAAUUAUCCCAUCUCCAUAAAUUACCUACACUGUUGAGCGACUAUGAUGCCAUUCGUAUAUCUAAGAACAUAUGGGAAAUACUCAUUAAAGCUUUGUAA